AAAAAUUAGGAAAAAAAUUCUAAUGGAAUCUAAACACCAUCCAUCAUUUGUAAAUUCAAUUGAAGAAUUUCAUAAAUUAUUAUCACAAUGCCCAUUUAUGUCAAUUAUUCAAUCAUCAGAAAUCAAUAAAAAGAAAAUCAAUAAAAAAAAUAAAACAAAAUUAAAAGAUACAACAUUACAUAAUCAUCAAUUAUUAAAUGAAAAUAAUGAAACAUUGAAUCAAUUUAAAGAGGAAGAAAUCAUUAUCAAAGAUAUAAAAAUUGUAAAUAAACAAACUACUAAUAAUACUACUAACUACUUAAAUUCAUUAAGUAGUAUAAAAAAAUCAAAGUUAUUUAAUGAAUUUAAUAAAUUAUCAUUGGAUGAACAAAAUGAAGAAAAUGAAUUACGUUAUAAACAAUUAAAUAAAUUGUAUGAAUUAAUCCAAUCAAAUCCAGAACAAUAUGGACAAUUAACGAUUGAUAAUAUAAUAGAACAAAUGAAUCAUUUUUAUUUAUAAAAAGAAAAACUGUCGUACAAUGUAAUAUAUAUUGAAUCUUUAAAUGAAUUCAAAUGUAUAUGGCAACCAAAGAGAGGAAAACAAACACCCCAUUAAUUCUAUUCAUUAGAUGUAAUUACAACCUACCCCUCCAUUCAUUGUAGACAAAAGUAUAUAUAUAUAUAGAGAGAGAGGGGUAGAGAGGUAGAUAGAUUCUUUUCUUAAUAUACAUUGUGUUUAUUCUUUUGAUUAAAACAAUAAUGGGCAAUGU